ACAUAUUGACUCAUCGAAAUACAUAGGAAAAGGGGGUUCUAAAUUGCAGUUUGGUUGCGAUAAUAACAGCAACCACAAUAUCACAUUGAAAGCUGCAAUUUAAAACCUUAUAUAUUCUGAAUUUUUAGCUGCAUUCACCAUGGCUACGGAGAUCAUUUACUUCUUAGGCAUUGUUUUCCUUUCUUGCAGCAUGAUAGAUGCAUCCCGUGGCCAUGGGGCUCACCGUACCCUCCUCCAAGUUGGUGGCGGCGGUGGUCCUGCAGUUUUCAAUGUGAUGAAAUAUGGUGCGGUUGCUAAUGACAAGACGGACAAUGUUGAUGCAUUUAGAGCUGCAUGGGCAGACGCAUGCAAAAAAAGCACAACUCAAGCAAAGCUUUUGAUCCCAGCAGGAACAUUUCGUGCUGGUCCAACUAUGUUUGCAGGACCAUGCACCAGCCCAAGCCCCAUCACCAUUGAAGUUGAAGGAACAGUUAAAGCUACCACUGACCUAUCUGAGUAUGUUAGUCCAGAAUGGUUCACAAUUCAAGACAUUCAUGGCUUGGUGUUGACUGGUAAAGGAGUUUUCGAUGGCCAAGGAGCUGUUACUUGGCCGCUCAAUGACUGCAAGAAAACCAAGGGCAAUUGUGCUCCCCUCCCUGCGUCACUGAAAUUCUUUAAGGUGAACGAUUCCAUCGUUAGAGACAUCACGUCGCUAAACAGCAUGUAUUUCCACUAUCAUAUUCAUGGCUGCAGCAACGUCACAUUCACUAACCUCACCAUAACAGCCCCCGGAAACAGUCCAAACACAGACGGCAUGCACAUCAGUACAAGCGAUAGGAUCACAGUCACUGACAGCACCAUUGGAACCGGCGAUGACUGCAUUUCCAUUGGACACAGCACCUUAAACAUUUCUAUCCACCGCAUCACAUGUGGUCCUGGUCAUGGCAUUAGCGUUGGAAGCCUAGGUAAGAGGCCGGAUGAACAAAGUGUGAAUGGCAUCACCGUUACAAAUUGCACCUUUGUGAACACAACCAACGGUGCUAGAAUCAAAACAUGGAUUGGGACACACCCAGCUGAGGCAAAAAACAUUGUCUAUGAAGACAUCAUCUUGGACGGUGUUCAGAAUCCCAUUGUUAUUGACCAAAGUUAUGGUUCCAAGAAGAAAAGAGCGCCAUCAACUUCAGUGUGGAAGAUCAGUGAUGUUCAUUUCCGCAAGAUAAGAGGAACUACAGUAUCAAACGUUGCAGUGUCUUUGCAAUGCAGCUCAAAGAACCCCUGCGAAGGUGUUGAGGUAGCCGACGUGGAUUUGGCUUAUGCCGGCCGUCCAGGAAACACAACUUUCGUAUCGUCUUGUUUGAAUGCAAAAGCUACUUUUGGAGGGAAACUCAACCCCCCAGCUUGCUAAUUUUUUUCAUUAAUUUUUCGUGAACCAUAAAACCGCAAUGACAUCGGCGACACCAGCUUUUGUAGCAGUUUUAGACCUUCACAAACCGCACUUGAUGGUUUUUUUUUAACUUUCCAUUUUGUGUCACUUUGUAGCGGUUUGAUCGCGACAAAAGUGGACGUCGCCAAUUGUAGUUCACAUAUCAGCGUUGAUUUUUUUACGAAGUAAUAUGGGUUCCAUUUACCAGCAUGGGAUGCUAGUUGUUUGAUGUCAAGUAUGUAGAUAUGACACUCUUUGUUGAUGUGUAUAUAGCUUGGACCUCGUGGAGGUAAUGUCAUCCUUAAAAUAUUGAAACUAUGACCUUCUAAUUAAGGUCUUCUUUUGAA